CUGUUUAUUCAGUUAGUCUCCCGCUGAUUGUCGGUUGGAUGGUAGUCAGAGCGGAAAGCAGGGCAAUGAAGGACGAAGAGAGCGGGGAGAUCCUGCAGGAGGAGGUAGUUGCCCUUCGGAGGGACCCCCAGCGUCCCUCGUACCUCUUAGGGGACGACCUCGGCAGGCUGGCGGAGCGUAGCCGGAGACACCCCCGGGCGCUGCGGAUAUUCAGGAUCAAGGAUGCCCUGCUCGAGUCCGACUUGAGACUCCGGGAGGAAAUACAGACGCCGAGGAACAGUGGUUCAGACUCGCACCGCUCUUGGUGUGCUCACUGCAACCAAGGCGAUCCUCAGGCUGUGUGGUCUGAGUAUUACGGUCCGGUACAGACAGAUGGUAUAAGAAGGAGUACUCUGUUCAGAAUUCCAACGAAAUACCUAACGAAUAUCGACGCCGGGGCCUCGCCAAAGGACCCGAGCAUCAUCACCGUCAGUAUCUGGCAGGAGUUCCUUCACGGGACGUCGGUGCUGGAGCAAUACAGAUCGCCAGAGGACAAAUACGAACGCAAUCUGUACAACUCCAUCUUGCAUCAUCUACACCGCUACUUGCCUUACGGAUGCGUCGCUUUCUUAUCGUGGCUCUUCUUCCUCUUCAUGUAUUUCGGUGUCUGUUGCAAUUGCACGAUCAUCCUGGAGCUCGCUUGCUGGCUCAAGUUUAUGGCUCACCUGGAAAUCCACCAACAAGCGUACAAGUCUAAAUUAAAUGUGAUUUUUAACGGCAAUGCUUUUCAGGGUCCGUGCUAUAUCUUGCUGAGAUGGCACUGUGAACACUGCACUCAGAAGGAGAGGGAAAAAGUAGUCAAUAACUUAAUGAAAAAAAUGAAAAUGGAUAUUCUAGGAUCCAGUUCUCCGAACGUAGCAGAUUAUAUGUGAAAAUAGCAUAUAUUCGAGCUUAGGAAAAAAAUAUAUAUUAAAUUUGCGAGAGGUUUAAAGAAAAAACAAAAAGACUUGCAGAUGCCAUUAGUCUUCCAGGGCCGUGACGUGUUAAGUGAUGCGAAGGACCAAGCUUUUGUGUUUUAUGAAGGUAACGCCCGGAAUUCGGAAAUUACUCUUGAGCGAUGGCAAUGCAACGUCAUACAUUUUAAUGAUAUGUAUAUAUGUAUAUAAUAAAUACCUGAAUAUCUAA